GAGGCUGCAGAGUGUGAAGAUGGCCAAAGCCGUGGCUUCCUAUGACCAGCUGGCCCACCAGGUGGAGGCGCUCCGGAAGGAGAACUCCCACCUGAGGAGGGAGCUGGAGGACAACUCCAACCACCUGUCCAAACUGGAGACCGAGACCACCGGCAUGAAGGUCAGUCUGGAUACACCAACCCCCAAGACCACCACACUCAAUACUGCCAACACCACCGACACACAGAUGUUGAAGCAGCUGCAGAGUAAACUGGAGCAGGAGGCGGGAACGCUGGCCUCGUCCGGGAGGAGCGACGUGCUGCACCAACUCAAAGAGCUCCACAUGGACCUCACCAACUACUACGAACUCAAACACCAACCUCACAACCUGAGGCUGCUUACAGACAGCAUGGGAGGGGCGGGGCUAACAGGUGUUGGUGGAGGGGUGGAGCUAGAUGCUUGUCUGGCUUUGCCUCCUUCCUCCUGCUCCUCCUCCUCGGCGGCAGGCAGAGCAAGAAGUCCGCUGAGAGCGUCAUCACGUAUGAGCGCAGCAUCUGGUGGCGAGGCCGCCGCCGUAAUGAUACCCCAUCACUUCCUGGACGGAGCCCCACCCAAAACAGCUGUGAUUAGCGGUGCGGAUGGUCGACAGAGCGAUCAUCACCUGGAGGAGCUGUACAAGGAGAGGAACCUCCUGCUGGGGGAGAUCGACCGCGAGGAGAGGGAGCGCUGCUGGUACUUCAGCCAGCUGGAGGCGCUGUCACAGAGACUGAACCAGCUGCCUCGCAUUGACACGUUUUCUCUGCAGAUGGAUCUGAUUCGGCAGCAGCUGGAGUUUGAAGCCCAGCAAGUUCAGUCUGUGAUGGAGGAACGCUUCGGCACCAGCGACGAGGUGGUUCAGAGGACACAGAUCCGUGUUGCUCGUCUGGAGCAGCUGGAGAAGGAGCUGCAGGAGGCCCGAGGGAGUCAGGAGAGCCAGCUACAGGUCAGACAUAUGCAUUAACACACAGCACAGAUCACUGAGUCACUCUGAUUUUAUUAAAGCAGGUUCAUCUGUGUUUCCU